GCCGGGAGCGUGACCGAGCGACGGCCGCGGCGGCCGCGGCGUUUGCAACGGUCGCUACGGCGGCCGUGGCAACGGUUGACCCGGCGGCUUCGACCGCUCAGCAGCAGCAGCAGCAGCAGCAGCCGGAGAAGCUGCCGCUGAGCCGCUCGCGAUCGGUGCCGUGCGAGAUGACCGUCGGCGGCUCGCCCGCGCCGGGCGGCGGUGACGCCGGAGGGCCGGGCCGUGACCCCGGAGGGCCGGGCCGUGACCCCGGAGCGGCGCCGCUGGCGUUGACCUCGGCGUUGACCUCGGCGUUGACCUCGGCGUUGACCCCGCCGGGCGGCCGGCGGGAGGUGACGUUGGCAUCGGCGGUGUCGCUGGAGGUGCAGGCGACCGAGCAGAUGGUGGAAGAGGCGAUCGACCCGGCGCGGCGCUGCAGCGCUGCAAGCGGAUUGGACGAAGCGGAGGAGGCUGAAUUCUUCUCUCUGGGAAGUGACGAGGAGUCACCAGCGGAGGCCCAGCGGAAGCUGUCCAUGGCCGGCAGCCCCGUCGACCCAGCUGCGCCGGAUUCGACGAUCCGGCACGCCCCCGACUCCCCGGCUCCCGUCGCCUCGGACCGACCGUCGUCCCGACCGGCCGCAGCCGCCGCCGCCGCCGCCGGCGAUUCACCGCGAGAACCGACGGCGACGAACCGGCGCGGGAUCUCGGGCGGCCCGCCGGCCCGCGCCCCGACCGUCCCGGCGUUGCCGCGUCCGCCCAGCCGCCCGCUCUUUUUCGGCGGCGCGGACGGGAGGAGCGACGCCGGCCCGGUGUCUCCCGAGACCCCGGCGCGGGGCGCGAGCAACCACGGCUUCUUCCGAGCCAGGCUCAGCCCGCUCACCGCCAAGAAGUUUGGCGCUUCGUGCUCCGAUCAGCCGGCGUCCGCCGCCGCCGCCGCCUCUUCCUCCGCCUCUUGUUCUUCUGCGCCGUCCGCGGCGGCGGCCGCGGCGGCGGCGGCGGCGUCGGCGUCGGCGUCGUUUGGCGCUCACAAAGAGACCUCGAACAUCUUUCACUUCGUCAGGUGGAAGAGUAGGAGUUGGAGCGAUUUGGGAUUUUCGGACGGACCGCCGCCGCCGCUUCCCAAGGCUCGGAGUCCGCCGGCCACGCCGGACGACGGCGCGGCGCCGGACGACAGAGCCCACGGUGCCGGUACGGCGGCGGCGCCGGCGCCGGCGGUUGAGCCCCUGCCAACCGGCGGCGCCCGUCUUUCGCCGGCGUCGCCCACGGCCCGCCGCGCCACUUGCGCCCUGGGGGCGCACGUGGCGGACGCCGCGGUGGGCGCUCCGCCGCCUUCCUCGGCGGGCGGCGGCGGCGGCGGCGGCGGUGCCGUCCCGGCGGCGCCGUGCGAAGCCCCGCACCUACCGGCGACGACCCUGCCCCCCUCGCCGCCCGAGGCGCUGGAGACGAUCCGGAACCUGCGCAUCGUGGGCACGCUGACGGCGCGGGAGCACCGGGGCACCGGUUCACACCCCUACACCCUGUACACCAUCAAGUACGAGACGGUGUCGGGCGAGGCGGAGUGCGGCGGCGAGCGGCGCGACGGGCACGUGGCGUUCCACACGGUGAGCCGCCGCUACAGCGAGUUCCUCUCGCUGCAGACGCGCCUUGAGGAGCGGCCCACGCUGCGGCGGCAGCUCAAGCGUGCGUACCGCCCCCGCACGCCACGCUCGCUCAAACGCUCAUCCACACGCUCGCUCAAACGCCCGACCGCGCGCCCGCACAUCCACACGCUCAUUCCACGCCUCGCCACCGAGGCGCCGCCGCUGUCUAAGUGGAGCCGUCUGGCACACCACGGGCGCUGA